UUUUCAAGAAUGUGCUCACUGGUAAAAGAAAUGAUUCGACUGAGUGAGUAACUUCGGACGAAUCAUUUCCCAAAAAAAGUCAGCUUUUCACGAAUCGUCACCUGUGAUCGGCGACAUGAUCCGGCGAUAUAAGCUUAGGGAAUCCGACCGGCAAAAUUCAGUUCUUUACACCAGAGUUUCAAGCCAUGGCCUACAUUCCUCCUCACAAGCGGCAUCACUCGAAAGAUGCCGAUCAAUCAACUCCUACGCCUUCACCAAUUCCCGCCUCUUUCAGUCCCCGCUUCCAAAAAGCCCUAAACUUAGGCCCUAGCCGCCGCCGGAAGGACCGCCAUGGUGCCGGCAAGAUCGUUUACGCUGCAGAUUCCAUCUCCCGAUGGUGGCCCGUCGGCGCCCCCGCUGACGGUGAUCCUAUUCCUGCCUCGUUCCGCCUGGAGCCUUUUGAUUGCGAGAUCGUAGAGCGGAGGAAUGGCGAAAAGCCGUUGGUUCUCGUGGGCGGCGGGGAGUUGGAGGAGAGUGCUGCUGAAGGGCAAGAUAUACCGCCUUGGGUGUCGAUAGCAGAGAGGAUAGUGCCCGACUUGAUCACUGCUGCGCUAGGCGCUAGAAACGAGUUGAAACAGGACGGGGAUGAGGUGGUGAAGCUCAGUUUUGUUGCUCGACCUGGAAAGAACAUUUUCCUUGGACGCUCUUCAUUUAGCAUUGAUUCCAUCAGGAAGGCUGCAUCCACACUGCUUAAUUCUAGCAACAGACUACCUAAAAUAUUCUAUACAAAUGUUCCAAAUGCAUAUAUGGAAAAUGUCCAAACUUCAGUUGCUCCCAAAAUUGGUUUUACAUUUCACUCUGAGAAAGAAUAUUACCAUAUAAAGGUUUCUGACAAGUGCAGACCAGAUAUAACUAUUAUAUGUAAGUGUAUGGUCAGGGAGAACAGACAACUAGAACUAUACAAGAUCGAAUAUAAUCUAGUGCGGCAUCUAGUGGCAGAUAUAUCUUGCCUCAAUAAGGAGCUAGACCUUCGACUACUGCUGGUCACUAAAAGGAAAAUGAAAACCAUUGAUAAUGAAGAAAAUGAUGCCAUGAACGAGCUAGUAAGUUCUGCUGUAAUAGAUCCAGAUGUGAAAGGAGGGCUCAGAUGGCCUCUUGGUAAACAAUCUGCUGCUGAGCGGUUCAGUGUUAUAGGAGCCUGGCAUUGCAAACGUGUUGAUCUAAAAAGCGAUUCGAUAAGGCUUUUGCUAUUGCGUGCUGAUCGAUUCGAUUUUACUAACUCAACUGGAGAGGUUUCUACUGAAGUAACUUUGAAAAUGACUGAAAUAACUAAGUACUUGAUGGAAGGAGAUAUGGAAACUGGCUUGCUGGAGGUGAUGGUUCAAGAGUUAGUGAAGCUGUUUUGGGACCAUUUACUAAGGUGCAAUGAUCUAACAUCAACUAAGCCUACUUGACAAUAUUUUCAA